AUGAAUUGCCCCUCGCGGACUGACGACACACUCGAAAACCCGAGCUGGAAUCAAAGCCCACCACCCUUUAGCCCCGACACCACUACAAGGAAUGAUUUCAAUGGCCUUGCCAAUUCCAGAGUUCAUCGCAGACAUGCCAAUUCUGCCAAUGCAGCAGGAGAUGAUCCGUUGUCCAUCGAUGUCAGACCAAACAGUCAGCAAGAUCGCGACCCCGGAAAGGAAAAGGUGCCAGGUGGCGAUGUGAUCGCUGCGGACUCGGGAGGUGAUACACCCCCAAGGAGCAGCGGAUCACCUCGCCACCCUUUUUAUACCAGUUUGACGUCUUAUUCUCUGCAUUGCGCUCGAACUUUGGCUAAGUUCAGCCGUUUCAUCGGCCCUGGUUUCCUUAUCGCGGUUGCCUAUAUCGACCCCGGAAAUUACGCUACCGAUGUCGCAGCGGGUGCAGACUUCAAGUACGCCUUGUUGUUUAUUGUUCUCCUUUCCAACUUAUUUGCCAUUCUUUUGCAGUCUCUAUGCAUCAAGUUGGGCUCUGUGACUGGUCUGAAUCUGGCUGAAAACUGCCGAGAGCAUCUUCCGAGAUGGCUAGUGAUUAUCCUCUAUAUCAUGGCCGAAGCGGCCAUUAUCGCAACUGACAUUGCAGAGGUGGUUGGAUCGGCGAUCGCGUUGAACUUACUGUUGAAUAUCCCCUUGGUAGCUGGUUGUGCUAUCACAUUGGUGGAUGUUCUCUUCAUUCUCAUUUUCUACCGACCCAAUGGGAAGAUGUGGGGGGCUUCGACUGUUCGACUCUCUCUCAUAAAGGACCAGUCAGUUGGUGAAGUCUUCCGCGGUUAUCUGCCAUCUUCAGCCAUUGUUCAAUCGGAAGGUCUUUACCAAAGCUGUGGAAUCCUCGGUGCCACCGUUAUGCCACACUCCCUAUUUCUUGGUAGCGGCGUGGUUCAAUCCCGCCUCAAGGAAUUCGACGUCAACUGUGGCUACGUGGAGACCUCUGUACCCCUAGGGAAUGCCGAAGGCGAAGUAAAAUAUCGCCCAUCGAUUUAUGCAAUCCGCGGCUGCAUGAAGUACUCCAUCAUCGAGUUGUCGCUGUCACUUUUCACCUUCGCCCUGUUUGUGAACAGUGCAAUCCUAAUUGUCGCGGGUGCUGCUCUCUAUGAUGUUCCUGGCGGAGACAAUGCCGACCUAUUCGGAAUUCACAGCUUGCUCUCCAAGUCGAUCGCACCAGCCGCCGGCUUAGUAUUCGCUCUUGCCCUGUUACUGUCUGGUAUCUCCGCUGGAAUCGUCUGCACAAUUGCUGGCCAAAUGGUGAGCGAGGGGAUGCUGAACUGGAGCAUUCGACCAUGGCUCCGAAGACUCAUCACGCGCUCGAUCAGUAUCAUUCCCAGUAUCAUCAUUGCCGCGGCUGUUGGCAAGGAGGGCAUUGACAGGACUUUGACUGCAAGUCAGGUUGCUUUGAGUGUUAUUCUGCCAUUUGUCUCAGCGCCACUUAUCUGGUUCACUUGUCUCAAUCGCUAUAUGACAGUUCGGACCGAAGAAGCUUCCGGACAAGAGGGUGAAGUUCAUGUGGUGACAGUUCCGAUGCGGAAUAACUUACUCACUUCUGUGGUUGCGGUCCUUGUGUGGAUUAUCAUCGUUGUGAUGAAUGUCGCCCUGCUGGUGCUGGUGGGAAUGGGCAAAGCAUCUUGA